AGAAUUCUAGUGUACUGUGACGAACUUAUUCAUUUAGCGAUGGGAGAGUACAAAAAGGAUUAUUCCAUCGAUGUGAAGUUACACGACUUUGCCAGGGAGAAGUUUACAGAGUGGUAUAAGAAGCUGGAUGGCGUUAAAAUGGGGCUCAAUCAGAGUGCAACCAACACGGUCAAACAUCAUGAAAAAAACUCUAAAGGGAGAGAGUUGCCUGGAUUUACCAAGUACAGAAUUUUCGAAGCUAUUAUUAGGGAACAAAUUCAGGAAUUACUGGAGCCUUCACUUGAAAUGCUGAAUGAAGUUUCAGCUAGAGUCGAGACAACAUGUAACACAUUGGCGCUUCAACACUUCGGUAGUUUCCCACUUUUGCUCAGUGAGAUUCAGAUUAAAAUUGCUGAAGUCUGCCACAAAAUGGAAAGGAAAGCAGAGGAAAUGCUCAAGACCAACUUUAAGUUGGAGGCAAUGGUUUAUGCCCCAGAUGAAAUGUACAGCUACAAACUAAUGGAAUUCCAAUCUCGAGGCCAGCAAAAGGGGAGUAACUCAAUGAUAAAUUCAAACCUUGAUCCCCAGGCAAUGGUUAUUCAUUUACAUGCCUAUUAUCAGAUUGCUAUAGAUCGAUUGGUCCAAAUGGUUCCCAUGGUGCUGAGGUAUUACCUUCUCCAAGAACUGUCUGCCCAGAUAAAGGUAGAGUUGACUCAGUUGUUGUUCCACUGUAAGGAUGUGGAUGCUCUCCUUCAGGAGAACGAUGAAACAGGUGAAAAACGAAGAGAUUUGAAGGACAAACUGGAUCGGUUGACCCAAGCACGGAAUCUUCUGAUGAACUAUUAAUUUUCUCACACUGAACAUGGAGAGUGUGAGUGGGACAGUGGAGGGUGAAAAUGAUAUAGGAAUGCAGAUUAAGUGCCUACACAAAUGAGAUCUGGUAAGUGGGGUAGAUGAGGGGAGAUAGGGCUAUCUUACUUUCCGAGUCUCAGCUGUUCUGGACGGGAAGCUCUUUUCUCUGUCUCAUUGAUUGGCUGAUAGAGUAUUAACCCACCAAAAAGAAAGCAAAAGGAAAAUAUGAUCUUGGUGGUUACCAAGAGUCAUAUUGACAGUGCCUUGGGUAUGACCCAUGCACUAGAACGCUCCCAUGCCUCCCUCACCACAGAAAAUGUUGUGGUACUGGAGGAAUACCUGUGAGGGAAAACUGAAGAGAAAUACAUUGGAGAAAGAGUGGGAUCACAUGACAAGAUAGCAUGUUUUAUAAAAACUUAUAUAGAGAGUCAUAGAGUCAUACAGCAUGGAAACAGACCUUCGGUCCAACAAGUACACACCAACCAUGUUCCUAAACUAAACUAAUCCCAUCUGUCUUUGUG